CCCCUGGUCCUCGGCUUCCGUCUCUGAUUUGCCCUAAUUGUUCACAGUUGCAGUCAAUCAACGAUGAAGAAGCGCACUGGAAACGACGAACAGAAUGGUCCGAAACCAAAAUUUGUGAAGAACAAGAACAAGAUCAAGAACAUGAAACGGUUGGGUGGGAAGGGCCUUUCGCUAGAGGCGUUUGCGAAUGCGAAAUCGAGUAGCGAUUACUAUAAUCCAGCUUUGAUAAAAAAGCAAAGAGAGUUCUAUAAGAAUGCUAAACAUGUUGGCAAGUACAAGAAGUUAGUAAAGAAACAGAAUCAGCAGAAUGAGAAGUCCUCUAGCUCAACUGUUGGACUUGUCCAGGGUGAAGACGAAGCUCAGUACAAGAAUCAUACGAAUGGAAGAUGUGGGAAAGAAAGGAAUAAAGGCGUACCUAGUCUUCAGGGGCUGUAUGAGAGGAAGCAUCAAGAGAAAGAGAAAGCAAGAAUGGAGAAAGAAGCUAAUAUUGCAGCAAAAAAGGAAGAACGAGAAAGGGCUAAAGCUAGACGAAACUCCACGAGGGAGAAAUUGUUCAAAAGGACACAAAAAGGUCAGCCAGUUAUGAAGUACCGGAUCGAGCAUCUUUUGGAGACUAUUGGAGCCUCAACGAACCACUGAGUUCGGUUGUUUCUUACUCGAGUUUGUGAAAGAAGUUUCUUUUGUCGCUCUAGGGUGUAUAUUUCACUUUUGUACUUUUCUAGUUUGGUUUAUUGUAUACAAUCAAAUUCUAGAGUAUUAAUUUACAAUGGAAUCCAAAUGAGAUCCAUAUUAUAUAUGCUUUGAUAUGAUCAUAUUGCCGGCCCUUGGUUAAGGUUUUGGAUUUUAGUGAAAUGUUCAAUAAGAAAAUAUUCCUAUCUUUUGCUGUUGGUGUUGAGACACGUAAAGUCUCUUUGCAGAGCAGUUGGGUGGGGCAUCCAAUACUAUAGAUCAAUUGUGAGGUUGAAAAUCGUAUCCCGAAGUUCUCCUGACUUCCCAAGAAUCGAGCUUCAUAGGAUGAAAGAAUUCAUGACAAGACAUGGAUGACUUGUGUUACCACGUAACUCUCUCUCUCUCUCUCUCUCUCUCUCUCUCUCUAAACUCAUUAAUAUACAAUUACGUGGUUUGAUUAGAAGCUUUUGAAAACGCUGUGCACCCAAGUAAAUAAGGAAAGAGAUGUGAAUACAAAGGUUAAACGAGCAUUCCACAACGUAGAAAGCCACCGGAAUUGUUGGAUGUUUGAGACGCAUCAAUCACAUGAAGGUUUUUAGAGAAUGAAACAAUUCAGUAUCCUCUCUUAUUAUUAUUGGUUUCUGAUGAAAAAUUAAGAUUAUCUAACAUAUUACAGUAUCAAAUAAGAUUCUGAAAUGGAAAGUUGAAUCUACAAUCAAACAUACAUAUAACAUAUCAUAAAACAAACUUGGAAGGUUCAGGAUGAUCGGAUCGGAGUUGAAUCUCAUGGGCAGCGUGGCACGAGGAUAACUCGGCGCGGUUGAGGCUGGCAGAUGACCAUGAGGGUUAAAGCUAUAACAAUGACCAUCAGAACUCCCGUUAGAUCCAAUCCAUCAUCACCACCAUCUGCGCAACAAAGCUUCCCCAUCAGAUUUACAGAGCAGAAGCCUUCUUCUCCAACAAACCUCAAAUGUGAGCCUCUUGAAUCCUUUCCUCUGGUUAAUAAAGAAAUAAUUAUACUGAUAAUGCCAAUAGCUGACCUAAAAGGGGGGCCCUAUAUGACGAGUGGACUUUAGAAAAGUCUUGGUCUUUGUUAAUUAUUUUCAAGUUUUUUAGCGUGGGAAUUGGGUGUAGUUGCCUUAUUUUUUUUUCCCUUUAUUCUUCAUUGUUUUGUUUAUGAAGGGGAAAAAAAGGGUCACCCUUUGAUUAAUAGGGUCCGAACUCGAGUUUCCUACUCGGCUUUGGCUCGGAGUUUAUGUAGGAAUGAGAUGUUUAAGAAUGGAUGAUGAUUUUACUUGAAA